GCACAACUACACCCAGCAAUCUGGUUCGAGCGGCGCAUCUUCAGCUGCAGCUUGUCCUCGCGCGAGUUCUGCCACGGCACUGCGAUCGCCGGAUAUGAAGCACGAUGAAGAUCAGGGGUCCUCGGUUGAUACUCAUACUGAUACUUCUAGAGGACCACCUCCACCACGCGACAUCACGGCGCUGGAAGCGGAGCUGAAAGCAGCGAAGAACUGCAACCCGGCUAGCC